GAAACGCCUCCAUUUAAGACCUAACCAAGAACUCGCGAGUCCUACUGAUCUUUCUCUUUUGUCUUCUUCUGUUUCUUGAAGGUUAUAAAUCACAAAGGGUUUUCAGCGAGGCGCUGGUUUGUGGUCAUCAUCGUUCGUUUCGGCGAGCUUCUUCCAUCAUCUGUUUCUCAUCUUUUUCCUGGAAAAGAGGAACCAUCAUCCCUCCUGAUCUGGAAAGAUUUGUUUCCGAGUGGUGAGGAGCAAAAAUGGUGAAGGGGAAGAUCGCGAUCCGAAAGAUUAAUUGCUCGAAGAGCAGGCAAGUGACUUUCUUCAAGCGAAGGACUGGGCUGAUAAAGAAGGCAAAGGAGCUCUCCAUUCUUUGCGACGCUGAAAUCGGUGUCAUCAUCUUCUCUUGCACCGGCAAGCUUUACGACUACGCAAGCACCAGCAUGGAUUCAGUUAUCGAACGCUACAACAAAAUGAAGCAAGUUAACCAGCAACAAUCAAUUACUGCCACGGAGAUCCAGUUUUUUAAAAAGGAGGCGGAUAGCUUGAUGCAACAGCUGAGCUGUGUGCAGGAAUGCAACAGGCGACUGAGGGGAGAAGAGCUUUCUAAACUGAGUUUGGAGGACUUGAAAAAUUUGGAAAAUGUCUUAGAAUUGGGUUUGAAAAAUGUCCGCUCAAGGAAGGACCAGAGUUUCAUGGAAGAAAUGCGGGAGUUAAAGAGAAAGGUUGAUGAUGUUGAACAAGAAAAUGUAGAAUUGCGGAAGAAGUUGAGAGUCGGAAGUCGAGAUCAUAGAGAAUCAAAGGGGGAGUUUUCUGCCGAAAGUAGUUCCAGUAAAGAUACGAGCAAGAUUGGUGCUCAAGCAAUACAGUUUAAAGAUGACAUGCCUGAACGUAUCCUUCUCCAGUUAAGCUUGCAACCAAAGCCCUAUCUUUUGGAUGCGCAAGAAUCUGCAAGUGGAUAGCUGUAAGGAUUCUGCUUUGAAGAAACAUGCCCGAACGUGUUCCACAUAGUCAUGGCCGUUGAGGAAUGUUGGAUAUGCUGCCCUACAGAUGAAUUCCUACGACGGCAUACUUACAAAUAAAAGUGGAUUCAUGUGGUGUAGAAUUACAUUUUCUCAGGCGACGUAUACCUUUUUGCAUACAUUUAACCUUAGAAUCAGCUAUAGUCUUUUACACCCAUGUCAAUUGACACGAACCAUUGUGUUGAAUUUGUUCUCCCAUAUGUACUUGCUCAAUAAAUGUAACCAGUAUACUUUAUA